UUCUUUCGUGCAAUAGUCAUGAAUCUUUUAGUUGUUCCUCCUUCAGGCAAAGAUAAAGGAUACGCUUGGGUGGUGGUUUCGGCGGUAUUCCUAGUCAACCUGCUCGUUGCAGGAUACGUUAAGAGCUUCGGUAUUUUGUACAUCCUUAUCCUGGAGUCCUUCCCCGGCGCUUCCGGUGCUGCAGCAGGAUGGAUACUGGGACUUCUCGUAGGAUGCCGGGCCGCGGUGAUGGGAGCUUUCACAGUGAUGGUAGGUCCUCGUGCGUGUGUCAUCAUAGGCUCCCUGACCGUGACAGCUGGUCUGCUGGCUGCUGUUCCCGCUGUUUCCAUCGUGCAUAUUGCCUUUACUCUGGGAGCGCUUGUAGGCGUGGGGCUGUGCAUGAGCGAGACCCCGGGUUUCUUGGCGGUCACGGAUUACUUCCAAGACAAGCGGGCUUUGGCCAAUGGCUUCCGUGCCGCUGGGAAUCCCCUCGGUGGCGUCCUCUUUUCCCCUCUCGUCGUGGCGCUGCACCAGUAUUUUGGCCUCCAAGGCGCUCUCAUCCUCAUGGCCGGCAUCAUGCUCCACAUGGCCAUCCUCGGCGCGCUCAUGAGGCCCUUCCAGAUCCACCAGAAUCUCGUCCAAGCUGAGUUCUGGAAGGAUCAAGCUCGCCAAAAUACGCCCGGCUUGAGGGUCUCGUCCUCCCAGCAGAUCAAACCCUCGGACCAGAAGAGGAAGAAGAAGAAGCCACUGAACUUCCGCAUGCUGAAGAACCCCUCGUACUUGAUCUACCUCUUGAUGGUCAUGUGCGUCAACAUCGCCAUGCCCAACGCCCUCCUGUACACGCCUACUUAUGGGAAAUCAAUAGGACUAAGUGCCUAUGAGAAUUCGGUGAUCGCCUCGUACACUUCGGCAUGCGAUUUCGUCAUGAGGUUGCUGUGCGGAUGGACGUCGAGCCUGAAACUGUACGAAGCCCACCAUGGUCUCAUCGCCGGGCUUUUAGUCGGAGGAAUCGGAUGCCUGCUGACGCCUCUCUGCAACAACAUGUGGCAACUCCUGGGGGCUGCCACGUCGUUGUCCUUCUGCAUGGCCUUCUUCUGGACGCUCAUCAACACCCUCCUCGCUGACGAGUUCGGGGGCGACGCCAUGGCCAGCACGUGGGGCUUCUUCAGGAUGACGCAGGGGAUCUGUAGCUUCUUGUAUCCUUCGCUUAUAGGUCUGGUACUCGACGCAACGGGAGGUCUGACCAUCCCCUACCUCAUGAUGGGUUCGGCGCUGGUUCUCGGGGCAGGUGUCUUUAGCCUCCGCCCUCUCAUCGCCAGAAUCUCCGGUCCGAAGAAGGAACUGAACCCCCAGAGCUCUUCUUCGCUGAGAGGAGAACCAGCGGCUUAAGAUGUGGGAAGGAGGAAGGAGAAGGA